AUGAAAUAUCCAUGUCAUAUGAAUACCAAAAAUUGGAGAUUUGUCAAGGAUGGUCUAGAUGACUUUCGUGAUGGCUUACCACCACCGCAUGAUGACAUCAUGUUAGAACCAGAGAAAGGUCCAGGUCCGGUGAUAUUUUCUCAAAAACGUCGAGUGAAAGCAUCUGUGUGCAAUCCUCGUAAUCGACUCGAAGAUCGGCAAUUAUUUUUCAGUCGAAUGUUACCAACAGUGGAGAAACGUCGCCAAUUAAUUGAUUAUUAUAUUGCAAAUUUACUUGAUCGUCCGAUGGCAUUCUUUCCACAUUUUCAACAGAUCCUAUCUCCGAAUAUGUAUGAACAAGUCAGAAGCUUGCUAGAAGGUGAAUUAUCCCGAGUGAUUGAGGAAGAGCAAGAGUUUUUCGCCGUUGACAGUCAAGAUUUUUUUUCGGCUUCAACCAGUCUUCCUGCAACUGCCUUUGAUAAUAGCGAUCAGGGUCGAACGGCAUCAGAAAAGCCCGGUGAAGAAACGAAUUCAGGAGCAUCUGAGGAAGUUGAAGUGAAGAAGGAAACAAGACGACCUGGUUUAACUACAAUUGUUUACGAUGACUCAGGAAAAGCAUGGGACUCAGUCGAAUACGAAAAGAAACUGAAGAAUCCGUAUCGUUGGUUUAUUGAAAAUCAAAAGCGAAUGCAGACGUACAAAGGUCCUACACGGGAAGAGAUCGCCAUUUCCGCUAUGGAAUCGCAUCUGCGAAAAGUUGCCGAACACUUCUGCAGCUGGUUAUACAGUCUCGGUGGCGAAACAAACUUCGAUAUUGAUCCAGCCGUUGUUCGGAACCUGUUUUCGACUGCUUACGAUACCAAACCAUCGUUGGAUGUACCGAUCAAAAUAGUACAGAUGACAAGACUUCCGGUAGACUUGCGAGAAGGUACAAAGGAAACAAUGCUUGCUGAACCGGAUGAAAGAACGCCAACAUUUGCAAAAUCGUAUGCAAGUUCGAAGUUGUCGGCAUCGAAAAAGUUAACGUCUCAAUCGUUCGACACAGCACAACCUCGUAAAUAUCGUUAUGGUGCUUGGUAUUUGCCUACGAAUUUAUGGCAACGAUCGUUAGUAACCGAAUCACUUAAAGAUCCAAAGAAACUCAAAGCUGAACGAGAGGAUGCGACGCGUGUACGAGAAGAAGAAACAAAUGCUUAUCUUGCUCCAAUGCGUGGUGUUGAUGCAUUCAAAGAUUAUCUUGUAGACAGAAAAGUUCCUCGUUUACCGAAAUUGAUUACCGAUGUUGACCAGUAUCGUCGUGAUCAUCCUCCCGAACCGAGUAAACCAACCAUUGGCAUUCGUCGAAAGGACACAUCUUAA